AUGAAUCAAAGCAGUCAAAAGCGACCUCCUAGUGGACAGUCUCAGUUCCACUCAAGUCAUUCUGCCCAGAUGGGUUCGACAACAUCCAGUGCUCAUCCAGCCUCAGCAUCUCAGACCGUUCCUCAUCAUCGUGGGAAUCACCCUGGCCCUCCAGGAUUUGGUACGAUGAGCUCUCAUGGCAGUCUUUCACAAUCAAUGGAUCCUAAUUCGAAUUUGCAUAACACACACCAUCAAACGAGGGCUUCGCCAUCACUUUCACCAAGUCCUGGAAGCAAUAUUUAUCAGACUCGCCGAUCACAAUUGGCUCCUCCACCAAAUCAUCCGAAUAAAAGGCCUCGUAUUUUGGGGGCAUCCAAACAGCCUCAUGCUAUAUCAUCUAUACCUCCAGGUCAUGCGACGAACACUAUUUCACCUGCUGGAAUGGAGGCAAUACUAGGGAGCGUCGUUGCUAGUAAGGCAAUGGCAAGUCUUGCAGCUGGAUCUAAUUUCCUCAACCCAAAUGCGUAUUCAGCAGCUACGGAAGCUGCUGCUGCAGCUCUUACACCAUUUUAUACAUCCAUCAACAAUGCCAAUGUUUCAAACCCAUCAGCAGCUACGACUCCUAACCAGGUUGUUUACCAGCCUCACACACAACACCAUUGUUCAUUGGGUAGUAACUCAACAUCAGGUUCUCAUUUAUUCAACCAGCAACAUGUUUUAUCAUCCACGAACACAGCAUAUGGUGGCUCUUUGGUGGGUUCCAUGCCUAGUUCACUUUUUAACUCCUUGAAUAACAGGCCAGCGUUCUCUCAUGCAACUGUGUCUACUCAGGCAAUAACUUCCGGACAGGCAUUAGUGAGUACACCUGGCUUGGGAUCGCAGUCUGUGACUAGUCAUCCUCCUUCAUCGCAUUUAUCUUCAAAGGCACCACAUCCGACGGCCAUCUCUCAGAGUCCUUCUCGCCUGAUUUCUGGUCACCUUCAUCAUCCACAUGUUCCCACACAUCCUAGUCAAAACAGUUUUCAUCAGUCGAAUCAUCCUUUACCUCAACCAAAUUCUCAGCAUCACAUGAUGGGACAUUCCAAUCUUCCUCAAGGUAGCGGUGUUCUUCGGCAACAAACUAAAGAACCGGCUUACCAUCCACAGGUUGAAGCGAUAUCCCCUGCUCCUGACGAAUCACGCUUAGCGGAUGCCCAAGAUGCGAAACUCCAUCGCGAACGCGAAGAGAUUAAUCGUCAACUAACUGUAUUGGAUGCUGAUAUUAAUAAACAAGAAUCUCACCUUAGAAAUCUAUGUGAACGGGAAGCGCGCCUCACUGCUCGUCUUGCUGCAGCACCUGCUCGUGGUAUAUCCAACAAUGAAUUGGAAAACAAUAUAGUUCCCGAAAGUAAAUCAGAGAAAGUUGACGUUGUUGUAUCAGAUGCAUCUUUCAUUAGCAAAGUCAGUUUUGAACGGAACUACGAAAACCCAAUCCAGGCAAUCAUUUCAGAAAAUCGGCAGCGUACUCGUCAGAGGCAUCUCAUUUUCACUAAGCUGUGUGGUCCUAAAGUUAAACCAGGACCUUAUGCAUUACCUUUUUACCGCCAACCUUCUGACUUGCCAAGCGUAAGGGCUACACAGUCUAGUUUUCGUGGCCAUUUCCGAGCGAAACUCGUUCUUUACCUUCAAAGACGUCUGCGUGCUGAACAUAGUCGAAUUCAAUUUUUAGCUCAGCAAUAUGAACGAAACUCUAAGGUAUUCACUAAAAAGAUGGAUAAACUGCUAAGUACAACCAACAAAGCAUUACCAGAAGUGAAAAAAAAUCGCGAAGAUCGAGAAAUGGGAGGCACUGAGUACAGUAAGCCAGGAAUUGAAGAUGCUGAUUCCGGUGGGAUAUCGAACAUGGCAGAUGGAUCUCAGACUACUCCUUACGAUGCCGUUGAAGAAAUGAAUAAGUUGAAGGAAUAUGCGAUUGACCCUCCAGUUAUGCUUGCACCGUGGCAGCAUCGAUAUCAAUUCAUAUGUGAAUCAGGUUUGAUUACUGAUUGUCGUGCUCAGCUUCAAGAAACACAAGACCUAUCAAAAUGGUCAGAAGAGGAGAAGCAGACAUUUAAGGAAAGGUUUUUAGCCACUCCUAAAAAUUUCACCUCAAUAGCUGCACACUUGGAGCGUAAGUCAGUUGCGGAAUGUAUCCGAUAUUACUACUUGUCUAAGAAGAAAGAGGGAUAUAAGCAACUACUAAAAAAACAUAAUGCUCGCCGACGUCGGGCUGCCCAAACGGAACGCGGGGGCGGAGGUACUGGUGGGGCAUCAGGUAAUUCAAAUGUUGGUGGGAGUGGAAGUGGUCAUGGGUUUGCUGAAACUCAUGAAACCAGUGAAGUUAAGGAUGCUUAUGGGUGCAAGAAUCCUUCGAGGAGGGAGACGCUUCAUGGAAACACUAGUGGAGCACGAAGUCGAACUGGCCGCGGUCGUCCACCUCAACAUUGCGCGCAUUCACAUCAUUCUAGUCACGGUCACAACACCGGUGGCUCACAUGGACGUAACCGUUCCGUUAGUAAUUGUUGCCGAAUGAAUGCAAAUUCCCAAACUAAUCUGGUGCCUGUAGGUACGUGUAUAGUGAAAAUUCACUCACUUUUCGCAUUUGUUUUUGCUUAUCCACAACAUCGUUCAUUAUGUAUUGAGGAAUUACCUGUUGAAGGCAGAGUAAAAAGUGAACCUGAUAGCUAUCCUACAUCAAAUGAAAACCCAAUGAAUACAAGUAAGACAUUGCCUUCGAUAACCUCCCCUUCUGGCGGAAAAGCUUUUGAAUCGUCUUCCAACAACUCAGAAAGUUUGGUUGCAAAUUUUAAAAAUAGCAACCCUAGCACAAUGAAACCAGCCUCAAGUAUCGUCACAUUUUGCUUAGAUUUUGAUGACUCUGUUAAGGUGAAGACGGAUACGCCUUCUACCACUAUUUUCCCUUCUACAACAGCAGCUGAAAUUUAUGCAGCUGCCGCACGUUAUGCAGCCGUUAGUGCUAACGCUUGUGGAUUGCAGCUGCACAGUUUUAUUAAUUCUCGUUAA